CCAGUCGCAGAGAAGGUCCUUUUUCCCGCCGACUGCGCAAUCGCGUGUCCGCCUGCUUCUCAAGCUGGCGAAGCGGGGUUGUGUGCGCGGAGCGAGGGACCCGUCCCCGGGCGCCAGGAUGUAUUAUAAAUUCAACGGCUUCACGCAGAGGCUGGUUGGGGCCGGUGCUUCCGCCGCCUACACCCCGCAGGGACUCAAGCCGGUAGUAUCCAUGGAAUCGCCAACUCUAAUGUUUGCAACACCAACUAAAAUUGCCUCGGAAGCACCAGCCACUGUUGAGUAUUUUGGUAAAAACAGGGUGCCAGAUCUGCAGAAGUUUUUUCAGAAGCCUGAUGGUUUGCCAGUAUAUCUGAAACGGGGUCUUCCUGAUCAACUUCUUUAUCGGACCACUAUGGCGCUCACAAUAGGAGGGACCAUCUACUGCCUGAUAGCUCUUUACAUGGCUGCCAACCCCAAAAGACAGAAUUAAAUUAUAUCUGAUGUAUGGAGAUUAAUAACUGUUCACUGGAAGGAAGACUUGCACUUAACCUUCUGCCAUUACACUUCAAUCAUGUGAUUUGUAUAUUGAUAAUUCUAGAGAUUUGAUUUGAGUUUAAGGAAAAUAUUUAGGAAAAUGAUGGCCUUCUAAUGCUUAGGAGAAGAAGAGCAAAAUUAAUACCAGAAGCCAAGGAAAAAGCCAUAAUCUCCUGUGUAGUUUUGCAGAUUAGUCCUCACACCCUUCACUAAAAAUAAGAGUGGUCUUCCUGCAGGUGCUCCUGACAACAGGGCAGGCUAAGCUGAUGAUGGAAACUUGAAAUGAAGUUAUGUUGAUUCAUGCCUUGGCACCACAUCCUUUCAGGGGAAAGGGACAGUAAAAUGGUGAAAAUGCUUUUGAUUUAAAGAAGAGGUGAUGGACUAAACUACUAGGUUGAUCAGAUUGGCAACCAAAAAUUAUUUAUCUUGAUAAUUCUGACUAUCAUCUAAUAUUUGGGCCCCUUUUCAAAUUCUGUUAAAGCCUGGCUGUUCUUAUAGUGGAGUCAUUUCAACAGGGCUAUGUUCUGACCAGCUCAUAAGAUUCUGUUCCGAUGAUCUGUAUAUUUCAUUACUUCAAUUUCUGUGAGCACAUCUCUUGGAAGCUAAAUGUUGAAACAGGUCCAGAGUAGCCACACUUAAUUCCACCAUGGUUCCCCUCUCUCUCUAAAAUGAAAUUCUGUUUGUUUUAACAUUGGAAUAAAUGCUGCAUUACAAAUACCA